UCUCCACUUCCCCGUCUCCGUCUCAAGUCACGGCGGCGCCUCCCAGCUCCGAUCGACUCGCGGCGGCGGCGCCGCCUCCUUCGGCCGUUCAGCGCCGCCCUCCCUCUCGCUCUCUCGGUCGCUCGCCUCCAUUUGCUAAGAGAUGGUCUCUGCAAACAAGGUGACAUAAAGAAGGUAGCAGAUAUUGUGCAGUCGAUGACUUCUAAUGGCUGUGAACCGUACAUUGAGCAUUAUGAGGACAUGUAGAGAAUGACAAGGCCGUCAUCUUGGCCCCUCGAGCUCUGCAAAGCUCACGGGAGGUCCACAUUGAGGCUGCGUAACCUUGAUCUGGUCCGAGCCAAAGGCGACAACCAUGGCCAACCUUUAAUCUGUGCCAUGGACGUCACAGCCAGAGGCUCAAAUGAACUACCGAUAUGAGCAGCUUUCUAGCCAGAAUCACACCUCCUGGAUUCCAAGAUAACUUAUCGGAACCUCGUAGAUUUCGACGUUCGCGAACCUGGAGGAAUUGAAAGAAGAGUAAUGGUAAUGUUCAUGUUUCUUCCUCUCGCUUGGCUGUUCUUCCCACCGUAGGUCGAGCGGAAAAAGUUUUUAGACAUGGCUUCUUUCCCUCCCUAUUGGGAACAAAUAAGCGCGGGGAAGAGGGAGAUGGGGGCUAUCGAUUUUUGAUAUAAUUGGACGGAGCUUUCUCAGAGGAACCAGAUUGGAGCUCUAAAAUCACAAUCGUAAGGAAAAGUCGUUCUAUAUCUCUGUGGCGAUGCAAGAGUCGUUCUCCAAUAGUGAGGCGUCACAGAAGUCGCUCCCCUACCCCAAAGUGCUAUAGAAGGCAAAAAAGUAGAAAUUCCUCAUUGGCUCCUACUCAUAGCUCUUCUAAUCCAAGCCUUGGGUCUGUGGAGUGCAAAAGUGCCAAUGAGAAAUUGAGAAAGGAAGAAGAAGAGAGGAAAAGAAUGGACAAGGUAGUGGAGGCUGUUGAAGAAGUGAAGAAGGAAUGGGGUGUGGCGUAUGUCAAAACCCAAGAGCAUAUAAAGGCAAUUGAGGAGUAUGGGAAGUCGAGAGAGGAGAAGAAUUCGCUCCCGAGGUUGAACGGUCUGGCGCAGGAUGGCUUGGCUCUGUUGAAUUUGCUGCAGUUUAAACUUGAUCUCCUCGCCCCACAGCUGCCCGCCAUUGAUUCUGUUGAAUCUGCCAAGUCGUUGCUCGAGUCGUGGAAGACCAAGAGCCAAAACUUGCGAAUGAGGUUGAGGAAUGCUAAUUUGCAAGCAAGGGCUAAUCUGAAGAAGGCUGCGCAAGAAGAGAGAGAACUGCUUCUUGGCGGCGGAGAGGAAUCAACAAUUCGGAGACGCAAUUUACAGACAAAGGCUGGAAUGACAUCUGCUGCAGAAAAUAUCACAGAGAGCCUUCGCCGCACUCGUCAGCUGAUGGUCCAGGUGGUGGAACGAAGUGCAAAUACGCUCAUGACUGUUGAGGAAUCGACUGGAGUCUUAAGAAAGGCUGAAAGUGAGUAUAAGGGCCACCGUUCAUUGUUGAUGCGCACCCGAAGCCUACUUUCUACAAUGGGACGUCAAGAUGUGAUUGACAGGAUAAUAAUUGCUGUUGGAUUUAUCUUAUUCUCAUGUGCUGUUCUAUAUGUCAUUUCGAAACGCAUUGGGAUACUGAAAUUGCAGAGGAAGGUUACAGCUGCGCUGAAGGCUGGUAUGGCAGGACAAGCAGAGACUGGACUUAGAGGCAACCGAGAGGGCAUCAAUAUCCCCCAUGUCGUUGAUAAUGUAAUUCCCAAUUUGGAUCCGCCAUUGGAUAGACCUAUGCACGACGAACUCUGAGUUUGUCUCGGUGCUUUCUGGAGUAAAAUUUGUCAACUGGAUUCUGCUAAUUUGGGGGAAAGUCACUUUCAUGGAUAAGGAAGACGGAGUGACAUACCAAACUUUCUGUCACAAUGGUCAUGCUUAGGUAAAUUUAUCUAAAUCA